CUUAUUGUUGUUUCUCGCAUUGUUGUCAUAGGAUCGGUGUGUGUCCUCGUCUGAUCGCGCUUCAAGAUUUAGGCAGUGACUUCGAUGAUCGUAGUCGUGUCAACGAACGCACACUAUCGGCAAACUUCUGCGGAGGUUUGAUUAAUAUGGGUGUAGGGGUUGCGCGCCAUCUCAAAGGCCGCAAGUCGUCAUGUGGACGCCUUGGAUUUUGCCAGCCGUGCUGUGCUGUCUGCUCGUCCCGGUCCAAUCGUCGUCUGCGAAAAGUUCGGCCAAGGCGGAGAGACACCUGGCGGUCGUCGAGCCCAUCAUCCUCGUCUCGACUCUGGAGGGCACGCUGUACGCCAUCGAGAAAAAGUCUGGCAACAUACGCUGGUCCCGAAAAGAAGAGCCUGUCCUGAAGGUACCCUUUGAUCUGACCAAAAGGACAAGCUUUCUGCCUGACCCGAAGGAUGGCAGUCUCUACAUCUAUGGUUUCGGGCGUGACACCGGGGAAGAUGCCAUCAAGAAACUCCCGUUCACCAUACCAGAGCUCGUGGCAGCGUCACCGUGCCGCAGCAACGAUGGCGUGCUCUACACUGGCCAAAAGCUGGACGUCUGGUUUGCCAUCGACUUCUUCACGGGAGACAAGCUCGAGACCAUCUCCUUCCACGGGUCGGACAAGGUUUGCCCCGUCUCCUACGAGAAGGCCAUCUUCGUCGGGCGCACGGAGUUCCAGAUAGCGAUGUACGACAGCAAGACGGGCGAAAAGAGGUGGAACGCUUCUUUCUUCGACUAUGCUGCCCAGGCCACUCCUGAAAUAGCGGAGGAAUACGAACUGGCCCACUUCACGUCGAGCGAGAGUGGCCGUGUGUUAACAUUCUACAAGGACACCGGGGACUUUUUGUGGGAGCAUGAGCUGGGCAGUCCCGUGGUGGCGGUGUACCAGGUCGGGGAGGAAGGUGCCCUGCGGCGCCUUCCGUUCACGCCCGUCGCCCACCGCACUCUCGAGGACAUCAUGGGCAGGCUCAAGCGCUCCUCCUGGAACAAAAUCUUGCUCGAGCCCUCCCAGCACACCACCCUCUAUCCUGCGCUCUAUGUAGGAGAGCAUGCCAAAGCGAGCUACGCACUUGCUGCCCUGGUGGAUAAAGACUUGCCAGUGAUGGCGACGAGGGAUCGCAGGGUACCUCUCCUCGAGGGUCCUCCGACUCCGACCGAACGGCGGGACGGCGACGCAACAGCAGACGACGCUGGCAAGCAGACCCACAGCAAAAGCAGGCGUGCCUUUGUUUCAGGUUACUACGAGUACCCCAACACCAUGGUGGCAGUGCUGUUCUCGCGACUCCAGCUGGACUACCGGGAGACGCGAGAGCCCCCGGAUCGGACGGAGUUCCGCUCCGUGGAAAGCGAAGACGCGGACCAACGCUCCGACCCACGAGAUAGUGGCGACAAGGCGAUUCCCGGGGACGAAGGUCGGCCCGACGUCGGGGACCGGCGAACGCCAGCGUCCCCGCUGCCCUUCUCAUCCCGGCGGCUUCCCCCUUUCUUCCCGUUCGAGAGAGAGGGGGAGAGAAGAGGGAGGAGGAGAGACGUCGCCACGGAGACCGCGACGGGGGACGUGCCUUAUUCCAGCCAGUUCGUGUGGAUCCAGAUGGCGCUGGUGCUGCUUUUGGCAGGAAUGGUCGGAGUGGUGGCCUACCUCUAUCCGCAGGCGAGGGAAUACCAAAGGACCUCUCGCAGUGGAAACUUGAGGAUCAGUGGAGGCAAUCAAAGUCUGGAAGUCACCGAGGACGGUUUCUGUCAAAUCGGAAAGAUCAGCUUCCACACGAGGGACGUGAUUGGCCACGGCUGCAACGGCACUUUCGUCUUCAGGGGGACCUUCGACAAGCGGCCCGUAGCUGUGAAGCGCAUCCUUCCGGACUGCGUCAGCCUCGCGAGCCGAGAGGUGGACCUGCUCCGGGAGUCAGACGAACAUCCCAACGUGGUCCGCUACUACUGCAUGGAGGGAGACAGGCAGUUCUACUACAUCGCCUUGGAGUUGUGCGCCGCGACGCUUCAGGACUACAUUGAGAACCCGGAGUUUGAGCGCGGCGGCCUGGACCCGACGACUCUGCUUCAUCAGACCGCCUCCGGGCUGCACCACCUUCAUUCGCUCGACAUAGUGCACCGAGACGUGAAGCCGCACAACGUGCUCAUCUCCCGCCGGAACGCGGUGGGGGAGGCCAAGGCCAUGAUCUCGGACUUUGGGCUGUGCAAGAAGCUGAGCCAGGGGCGCCUGUCCUUCUCCCGCAAGUCCGGCGUGACGGGCACCGAGGGCUGGAUCGCCCCGGAGAUGCUGUCGGGCCACGGACGUGCCACGAAGGCGGUGGACGUGUUCUCCCUCGGCUGCGUUUUCUACUACGUCCUGAGCGGCGGCCGGCACCCGUUCGGGGAUCCGCUGGAGCGCCAGGCCAACAUCAAGCAUGGCAGACACACGCUCACGGACGUCGGACCGCACGGACCGGUGGCGCAGUGCCUCAUCGAGCAGAUGCUCCGCACGGAACCGGCAGAGCGGCCUUCGGUGGCGGUGGUCACCAAACACCCGGUGUUCUGGGCGCCCAAGAAGCAGCUGGACUUCUUCCAGGACGUGAGCGACAGGAUCGAGAAAGAAGCAACCGACAGCGCAAUCGUCAGGCGGCUGGAGCGUGGCGGCUUCGAGGUGGUCCGCGGCGACUGGCGAGACCACAUCACGGAGGAGCUCCAGAAAGAUUUACGGAAGUACCGCACCUACAAGGGCCACUCAGUGCGGGACCUCUUGAGGGCCAUGCGCAACAAGAAGCAUCACUACCGCGAGCUCCCCGAAGCGCUGCAGGCGGAGCUGGGAUCGCUUCCUGAUGCCUUCGUGGGCUACUUCACGUCCCGCUUCCCGCUGCUGCUGCUGCACACCUACCUGGCGCUCCAGGGUUGCCGCACCGAGGCCACCCUCAGGGGCUACUACGCACAGGACGGAUCAGCCGACCUGUGCCGGCCCGCGAGCCCACCUCCAGUCCUGGGGCCGGCGUAUCCGUGGAAGUGGCGGCGGCGGAAAGCGCCAGAAGCGGAAGCAGAUGAUGCGAAUGUGGCUGACCUGCCGGACAAGUUGGUCAAACCCGUGGCACCCGGAAAGCCUGCGGGAGACCUGGCAAGUCUUCUCUUUGUCGGCGAACGGCCGGUUGCCAAGUGGCAACGCGCAGAGGCAAACAUCGACGAGGCGACACUGCCUACAAACGUCGACGAGGCGACACUGCCUUCAACAUUGGCAGAGAAGGCGAUUACGACCGAAGCGAACUCAGUUGACGACGCAAAAGCGAGCACAGCGUCGCACGUCGGGCGUAGUUCUUUGUUGGCAGUGAAUGGUGCCGACCCUGUUGAGAGCGCCACCGACAAUUUCAAGCAGCUCGGCGCUGUCGCAGAAGAAAACGGUGCAGUGCAGGACAACUGGCGCGACGCCGUGCGGAGGCGUUCGCCCGCAAAGCGCCCGACGAAAUUCGUAACGUUGUCGCCACGACGACCGCGACGUUUGUCGGAUGGGGACACUGUCGAAAGGACACGCACCACCGAAGCAUGGCGGCGCGACUGGAAGUGAGGAGCGUUGGAGCGAGACGGGUUCACUAUACGAACUGGUACACACCAGUGUACCAGUCGCUCACACUUGCUGCUGGCACCAGUGGCCAGCCAUCUGACCUUGGACUGGUAUGAAUGGUUACCAAGGUUGCUAUUUCAAAAGGUGAUGCUUUAGUUUGUGCUGGUAUACCAGUGGCUCAAACUUGCUGCUGGUACCAGUGGCCAGCCAUCUAACCUUGGCCUGGUAGGAAGUUACCACUCUUGUUCACUGAGACUGAUUACAGUAAUUUCAUAUAUUCUUUACUGGUACCAGGUGCUGGCAACCUGUUCAUUGCUUCUCUUUAUUUCAAACUGGCCCUGAUUAUCUGCUCCUAUAUCUGAAUAUUGAUUAGCUUUCUUGUACUGGUAUUCCAGUUUGUAUCAGUUGCCGACCAUCUAACCUUAAACUGGUUGGAAUAGUUACCAUUAGUGUUUAGCGAGGCUGAUCGCAGUGAUUUCGUAUAUGCUCUACUGGUACCAGGUGCUGGCAGCCUGUUUAAUGCUUCUCUAUGUUUCAAUUUGGUCCUGAGGAUGUCUGCACCUAUAUCCCAGUAUUGACUAGCUUUGUGGUGGUGUACCAGUUUAUACCAAUGGCUACCAAUUAUGUUUCUGGUGCUGCUGAUUACCUUUAAGGCUGGUUCUCAAAGUUUAUGCUGGAUUCAUAUCAGUCUCUACUGGUACCAGGUGCUGGCAGCUUUUUUAAUGCUUUAUUUCUAUCUGGCCCUGAUUAUGUGCAUACCUAUAUCUGGCUAUUGAUUAGCAUUGUUCAUGCUGGUAUAUAUGUACCAGUUAGUACCGGUUGCUAACACCUGCUGCUGUUACCAGUUGCCAGACAUCUAAUCUUCAACUGGUAGGAAUGAUUACCAAUAUUGCUUACUGGUGCUGAUUACCUUUAAUGCUGGUUCUCAGUUUAUACCGGAUUCAUACGAUCUCUACUGGUACCAGGUGUUGACAACCUUGUCAGUGCUUUUUUUAAAUUUUAAUCUGGCCCUCACUAUGUUUGCAAUUAGGUAUUCUCAGCACCACUUCACCAUACAUUUUGACUGGUGCUAGUUUUUGGCAUUUGUACUAUAACUUUCUGGUACCUACCACCUGUGGGUUAAUCAAAUAUGGCAAGUACCAGUUUGCUUGCUGCUGCUACCAUCUACUGGCUGGCUUUAGUAGUAGCUUGGGUUUGUGCCACCAGUAAUUAGGUGGCCAAUUCACCACUGCACCUUAUGCCAGUACCUAUUACUUGCUCACUACUGGUACCAGUUAUGAAAGAUGGUAGCUUGUACUUGGAGUAGUGGUCAUUUCAAGUUUCUUUUCUUUUUCUCGUGUUUGUAUACUUUGUUGGGCACUGGUAUAUUUUAUUAAGGGAAAUCCUGUAGAGUUAUUCGAGCUUGCAUCAGUUUUCAUUUUUGGGCGUAAGAUGUUAGUCGCAUCCAUAUCAUUUUAUGUGUUCUGCUUACUUAGAAAUUAAGAUUAGCAUCAGCAGCGUCCACUGCACAAAACGUCUGGUCAUCUUCUGGGUGUCCUUGUAGGAAAUGGUAACUGCCUUAUAAGUUGUGCGCAAGGACAUCUCAGCAAUCUUAUUUCAUCUCCACCAUCACAGGUAUAAUGCUAGUUUUGUACCACUAGUUCUUCUCCAUUGCACAAGCACAUCUCGGUGAUGCAGCAUGAAUUUGGUUGGAUAUAAUGUGCAGCAGUAUGCAACGUGCAUUUUUGAAAGCGCACACACUAACAGCUUUAGGGUUAACAAAACUCUAGAGCACAUAUGACAUGCGGGACUCGUGUCUGCAAUUUAUUUUCUAUAAAAGUAAACACAUAUCUAUGUUAAUCUAUUGAACAUGUUUUUGUUCACCUUAUUUAUGCUAGAGAUCAUUUGGAAAGUUGUGUCUCUAGGCUAGAAUUCAAUUUCUCUUUAAUUUGGCAACCAAAGCCGACGUUUGUUUUAUAGCACUCGCCUGAUGUUUUUCUUCUUUUUUUUUGCACUUGCGCAACCAAGUUGGCAAAGACUGACAUUUAAAAACGUACAGUCGCUGCUACCAGUGGGGCUCUUUUAUUUUUUGUUGCAACGAUGGAAAUUUUUAUGUUGUAAAUACUUUCGUCUUUCCUUCGGGAAACGUUCCUAUUCUUUCAAAUUUUUUAGCUUUGUGUUUGAUGGUCUUCGUUCCAAAAAUGCAUUGAUAUUUUUGUUUUGUCGUACGCACAUUAUGGUUUUGAACCUGCGGAGCUGUCGAGGAGAGAUGGUUUUUGAUGGUCACUACCUGACGGUCACUCAUUAUUAGUAACCUUCAUAGUGCGAUAUUAAAUAAAAUGCUGCUGGAAAUAUUUCAGAUUAUAGCAUGAACAGAGUAUUUAAUUAUGGGCAUUUUCUUUAAAAAAGAAAAGGCAGCGCAUCAUUUGUCGGUCCGAAUUCACGUAAUGAUUGGAAUACUCAAAAAAGGGUGUUAAAUAUGCUUUUACGCCUGCCAUGAGAAGGUGAUUUCUGUGAUGGCAAUUCAAGAUGGUGUUAAAAAAACACUUUACUCCAUUUGCUCUCCUUUCUGCCUAAGAGUGUACAUUGUGGAAGCACAGAAGUGGUAUGUGCCUUUGUCUUUGUAUUUGUCGUGCAUUCCGACACGUCGAGAAAAUAUAUUUUUUGUUGCGUGUGUUUUACAGUGCUGGAAGAGUAUGCAUCAAUGUUGUCACUGGGUGAAUUAAAGGCUAAUUGUAUUUUUCA